AUGAGAGUGUCCGCUUCAUUAUUAAUUUCUUUGGUAUCAAUUGCCAAUGCAAUUGAGGUCAAGAAUGAGAAGAGGAAUUUUCUUGAAAGUCUUGUGAACGUUUUUGCCGAGAACAAUAAGGCAGUAGUGGACUCAUCCUCCUCCUCCUUAUCAUCAUCAGCAGCAGCUGCUGGAGUAGCAGCUGCUUCAUCAACAAUUCCUAAUAGUAGUCCCUCGGAUAAUGUGCUGUCUUCCAACACCGAUGAUGAUGGUGAUGAUGAAGAAUGUGAAGAUGAAACGAGUACUCCAACUACCCCUUCUUCUCCUUCAACUACAGCUGCUGCUACCACCACCACAUCAUCAGCAAGCACAACUCAACCAGGUGGUCUUGAUUCAUGGUUGUCCAGUCUUUUCCCUGGACAGUCCAGUACAACCACAACAACUCCCACCACAUCAACUGUUCCAUCAACUUCUGGACCUGGUUUGUCCAGUACACAUCCAAACUCAUCAUCUACUGGAAUAUCACCAUCUUUAUCGUCAUCAUCACCUAGUAUUACGUCUACUUCUACUGUUGAUGAUGACGAUGGCGAGGAUUGUGAAACAGAGCCGCCUACUACUACUUCUGCACCAAUCACAACUUCAGCAAGCACAACUCAACAAGGUGGCUUGGAUUCAUGGUUAUCAAGUCUUUUAUCACUGAGCCAGCCUUCUUCUUCUUCUUCAAAAACAGGUACUAAUGACUCAGCGGAGCCAGCAUUCUCCACUUCGCUCGAUGCAGAGGUAACUGCUUUGUCAACAACGUCUUCAAAAGUAUCGAACACCAAUUUGCCAACGCCCACAUCCACCAGUGAUGGAAAUAUUUUAUCAAGUAUAUUUAAUAGUCUUUUCCCAAGCAACUCGCCAACUAAUUCGCAACCUACUAGUUCUGCUUCCAACAGCAGUGACGAUGAUGACGAAGAAGAAUGCGAAGACCCAACAAGUGGUACCGUAGAUUCUACCUCAAACGUUAUACCAACUGUUUCAGCUACGGCAACCUCAUCAACAACUGGAGGAAACUUUUUGAGCUCAUUGCUUAAUGAACUCACUACUUCUUCUUCAUCUUUGCCAGUCGCCAGUAAUUCUCACUCAAAUGCUACUACUACUACUACUACUAGUGAUGGUGGGAAUUGGCUAAGUUCUUUACUAGCCUCAGCGACUCCAACAAGCAGUUCAACCGCUAGCGAUGAAGAUGAUGAUGACGAAACUGAUUGCGAUAGUGAGACAGAAAUUCUCACCACCACCUCAGGUAAGCCAACAACGGGGACACAACAAACGACAGUUGCAACAGCUCCAACAAGCAGUUUAACAGCUAGCGAUGAAGAUGAUGAUGACGAAACUGAUUGCGAAAGUGAGACAGAAAUUCUCACCGCCACUUCAGGUAAGCCAACAACGGGGACACAACAAACGACAGUUGCAACAGCUCCAACAAGCAGUUUAACAGCUAGCGAUGAAGAUGAUGAUGACGAAACUGAUUGCGAAAGUGAGACAGAAAUUCUCACCGCCACUUCAGGUAAGCCAACAACGGGGACACAACAAACGACAGUUGCAACAGCUCCAACAAGCAGUUUAACAGCUAGCGAUGAAGAUGAUGAUGACGAAACUGAUUGCGAAAGUGAGACAGAAAUUCUCACCGCCACUUCAGGUAAGCCAACAACGGGGACACAACAAACGACAGUUGCAACAGCUCCAACAAGCAGUUCAACAGCUGGCGAUGAAGAUGAUGAUGACGAAACCGAUUGCGAAAGUGAGACUGAAAUUCUCACCGCCACUUCAGGUAAGCCAACAACGGUAACACAGCAAACGACAAUAGCUGGCUCGCCUACCACAAAAACUAUCACCACCACAGUUGGAGGAAAAGAGACUACUGAAACUGUUGUUACGACUGCUGUUGCACCUGUACAGACCCAGAUUGAAAGUGAAACGGUAUAUAUUACAUAUACGGCGGCGGGACAAACAUUUACUACAUAUGUUACUCAGGAAUACGAGGAAUGCGAUGAUGAGACAAUGAUAUACACCGUCACUACUAUUGUUCCACAAGUGUCACAAGAUGUAGGUGGAGGUGUUUAUACGACUACUGUCACCAUUGUAGCUACUCAUACCGUUUACCCUCAAGAGGAUGAAGGUGAUGAUGAUGAUGAUGAUGAUGAUUGCAUAACAGAUACUGAAGCUCCAUCAGGAUCAUCAGGAUCAUCAGGAUCAUCAGGAUCAUCAGGAUCAUCUGGCUCGUCUGGAUCAUCAGGAGUUGUAGGAAAUCAAGGAUCAUCCAAUACUGGAAGUGGAACAUAUUCGUCAGAAGAAUGUGAGUAUGUGGAUGAAGAUGAUGAUGACGAUGAAUACGACGACGAAGAUUGCGUGGAAGAAGAAGAAGACCAAGACGAGGAAGAUUGUGAAGAAGAAAGCGAUGAAGGCAUUGGCAGUAAUGAAGGUGACAAUAAUGACGAUGACGAUGACGAGGAGGACUGUAUCACUGAAAUUCCAUCGUCUUCCACAUUGAUAGCUACAAAACUGUCAAUUCCAAAUCUUUCAACGACUAUCGAAAUAGGCAAUGUCACAAGUCCAAUUUUGAGAGUGGCAGAGGAGACUGUUGCAGUUGAAAGCAGGACGAUCUUAUCAAUUACAACAUCGACUGCCUCGGUCGCAUCACCCACAGUUACCCAAAUAGCCAAUACAGCGAACAGGAACAAUAACAACAUCAACAUCAAUCACGUAUUAUUCACAUUCUUUAUUGUUGUUUUCGGUUACUUUAUGUAA